AUGAAAACUAUAAUUCUUCUUGGACUCCUGGGAACUAUAUCAGCAGCCCCGCUUAUCUCACAGCGUCUUAUGUCUGCUAGCAACAGCCAUGAGCUACUUCUGAAUCUUAAUAAUGGUCAACUUUUGCCACUACAGUUUCAGGGCCCAUUUAACCCAUGGAUUCCUCCCUUUUCUGGAUUUCUGCAACAGCAGCAGCAGGCUCAAAUCCCAGGACUCCCACAGUUCUCCUUGUCCACACUAGACCGCUUUGCUGGACUGCUCCCAAAUCAAAUGCCUUUCUCAAGACAAGUCGGGUUUGACCAAGGUGGCCAGGCUGGCCAGCAAGACCCCUUACAGCCUCAAACACCAUUACAGAUCCAACAGGGCACUAACCAUAUGCCCUACAUGGUUCCCUUCAAAAUGCCUCAGGAUCAAACACAGGUGCUUUCGUACUAUCCAGUUUACAUGCUCCUUCCCUGGGAACAGUCUCAACAAGCAGUCACACCAUCGCCCCAACAAACUGGACCGCAGCUGUUUGAGGAACAGAUACCAUUCUAUAAUCAGUUUGGAUACAUUCCACCACAAGCAGAACCUGGUACACCAGAAGGAGAGCAGCAUUUAGGUUUUGACACCUUUGUAGGUACCGCUCCUGAAACUGCUGUGAUGCCAGCAGAAGGAGGGCUACCACACUUAGAAAAGGAGGCAGUCAACUUCAAGCAUGACAAUGCAGGAGUUUUCAUGCCUUCACCAAAACCCAGCACAACUGCCUUUUCCUCUCCUGCUAUAGACCCAACUAUUGCUCCAGUACUUCCAGAACAGAAGUGUAGUGCUGCUUUCAGUGUGUUUACAGAAGCUUCUUACUGCAGCGGGCAGCAGUUAAUGCAAAGACUCAUAACUUUCGAAAUGCCAAGAAUACCUGAUGGUGGAAUGCUGGCCUCCAAAUGGGAUGUGAUUACCAUUCCCUCCAGGUCUCAGAGAACAUCACAGCAGGGGGGGAAAUGCAUGACCAGAGCAUGGGGAGAUCUGUGGCAAAGUCUUCAAGAUAAGACAGCCCAUUCACUCAUGUGCUCACCGCAGCUGUGGUUACCUGCACUAGACGUGCACAAGAUCGGGCCCAUGAACAUUUCACCAUAG